AUGGAUGUAUCAGACAAUCAGCUUAUAUAUUGGAGAUUCUUUGUUUUAUCUGUGAUUUCUUGGUUUGUACUUCCGGUUUACGGCCAGGGUUUUCAUGGAGCAGGGACUCCUUCAAACAUGUACGUAUCACCGUCAAGAUAUGGCGCCAGAAAUCCUUCCGCUCCUUCCGGGCAAAUCAUUCAGAAUUCAGCACUUCCGGCACAAAACAGUGUAAAGUACUCGGCAAAAAGAAAUGCUGCCAAACCGGGGCUUUGUCCAUCUGUUGUUUUGAUGACGUCAAAGAAAUGCCCGGAUGCUUGUGGUGAUGAUAAUGACUGUGCAGGAAUGAAGAAAUGUUGCCUUAAUGGCUGCGGUAAAAAAUGCACUGCGCCGGAAAUCCCGGCGAUCAAUCUUGUGAGUUCAGCACCCACUGAACAGAUCACAAAUAAACCAGAAAUGGUUCCAGAAGCCCUUUCUUCUCAAAUAAACGGAUCUCAUGCUAACAUUAACAAUUCACAGAGCACUGAAGCGCCACCUAGCGGUGGACUCCAUAACCAACAGAAUCAACCACCUAACCAGAAUAUUAAUCCAGUUGGGGGACCCAGUUCUAACAGUCGCAAUAUGAGCAGAGCAGACUUAAACAAUAGACCCAUUCCUUUUAGCUUUCUCCGAGGAUCAACGGGCGAAUCUAAUCAAAACAGUCCAAGAGGUGGAUCUAACAGUGCACCAAAUCAGAAUUAUUACUCUAUGGGUGGUACAAAUAAUCCACCUUCCAACCCCGUUAACAGGGAAAUUCUACAAAGGAAUUUCAGAGGUGGGCCUAGAAAUCAGCCACCUCCGGAAUUUGCAAAUCCCUCAAGACAUUUUAACAAUUAUUCACCCGGUUCUAAUGGACAGCCAUAUGAUAGCAAUACCAAUGGCGGAUUUCACAACCAACAAGGAUUUCAGCAUAAUAUUCCAGCGGGUGGAUCGAGCACCAUAUCACCUAGAGUUAUGGGAGGCCAAAAUCAUAAUACGAAUAUGUAUUCUGGACAACCUCAAAACAACAAUCCAAUCGGAGAUCCACAUGUUCAACAAGGGUAUCACGGUAAUUAUCCCCUGGGCGGAUCAAAUAUUCCGAUGGGCGGAUAUAAUCCUGCAAACGUAAACAACAAUCAACAAAGCUACUCACCGAUUCCUCAAUAUGACUCUUACGAUAAUCCAUCACAGGGGCAGCCCUUGUAUGGAAGAUCUAAUCAGUAUUCUAAUCCUGUCGGCGGAUCUUAUGUUCAAUCAGGUCCUCCUAGUAACCAGUACACGGACCCCUUAGGUGGAUCUAAUGUUCAGUCAGGUCCACCAAAUAAUGAGUUCUCUAAUCCUGUAGGCGGAUCAAAUAUUCAAUCAGGUCUUCAAAAUAACCAGAAUGUUAACCCAUUAGGGGGAUCACAUGUUCAGCCGAAUCCUCCAAAUAACCAUUAUUCGCACCCUGUGGGCGGAUCAAAUACCCAGUCAGGUCCUCCAAAUAACCAGUAUUCUGAUCCUACAGGUGGAUCAAAUACUCAUCCAGGUCCAGGUCAGCAUUCUAGUCCUGUAGGCGCAUCAAAUCCUUCAAACAACCAGCAUUCUUUUCCUAUGGGAGGAGCUUACAACGCGCCUCAUAAUUCUUCUGGCGGUUACCCCGGCUAUGAUGCAUCUGUUGCAGGAACUAGUAAUCAACAAAGUGACCCAAGAAGCGGAUUUAAUGGUGCAACAUAUGAUCAGCCGAUACAACAGGCUUCAGAACUUAUUCAAAAUAGUCAACAGAAUCGCGGAUCUAAUUAUCAACCAGCAAGUGGAUCUAACCAUUACAACCAACAAAACGGAAGAUUUAAUUCACAACAAGGACAUCCACGUGUCCACAACCAGUAUACUCCUGAUACAGGUGGACUUAAUCAUCAGUUAAACAACCCAGAAAUUCAACCAAAUAUUCCAUAUAAUAGCCCGUCACAGUCACAAAAUACAUACGAAGUUCAAAGUACACUUCAGCAACAGCGAAAAGGGGGAACUAACACUCGAUAUGAUAACCCUCCCAGUAGACAAUACCGUCUAAACAACCCAGAUGGCGGAUCUAAUACUAAUGGUGGGGGAUCUAACAAUUUAUACAACGUUCCUCUAUAUCAGACAACUCCAUUAUACGACGUUCGCGAUGGUCUUUGUCCACAGCUCCGGAGCCGAGGAGUCUGUCAAGACGAAUGUCAUGCAGAUAGUGAGUGCCUGGUCGGAAGGAAGUGCUGUUUUAACGGAUGUGGAAGAGUAUGUAUGAUACCUGUUUUCGAGGGAUCGCAGUCCAUUCAUACUGUUCCUGAAGCGAUCCAAACACCAUUAAAACAAGAACACCAAGUACGCGGAGAUCCAAUAAGCCACAUUGAUCCCCACUCCUUGAAUCUUAUUGAGAUCCGCCCCUAUAGUGUCGGACAGUCACACAGCGCCGUACAAAUUCUCCCGUACGAUCACAGUGGCGGCCAUUAUGAUGUGGGUCAUGAGAAUACUAUUUAUAAUGAACUGGUACAUGAACCAUCUCAAAAUAAUGAUGCUUACAGUUACACAACUGAGCCCCCUUACGUAAAAUCUGAAACUAAGAGUUCGGGAGUAGAGAACAUAAUGCACGGAAUUCCUUCAGAUAAAGCUAACUUGCUUCCAGGAAGCGCCGUCAAGUUCAAGCCAAGCGUCUUUGGUAGCUAUAAAAUUCUUCCUUUUAACAUGGAAAAAAUUAGAAAAAGAAAUAGUGUAAUAGAUAAUCAGUCAGGGGCUAUACCUCGUCGAGUUCAAACCAGUGGUCCGGAAGUUCAAAACUCUCGGCCGUUUGAUGUUCGGAAGCCAGAAACUCAACCGAGAACCUCUCAAGUAAAACCAGCAGUUCAAGGACUUGGUGGCACCGGUUCUGAACCUUGGAACAUGGAUCCAAAAGUUCAAGGCGGUCAAGGAACAUUUAAACAAACUAGACCAAAUGUGCAAUCACCGGAAGUCAGAAUUGAAAGACCCGGAAAUUACAAUCUUAAACCAAAAAAUCCAGGAAAGCAAACCAGGCCACAAGAAAAGGGUAAACAAUAUCCUGAAGUUAAAAUCCCGCAGAGAACACCUCUUGAUCUUCCAAAUCGUCGUGUACCGGAGGUGAUCAAUGAACAGCAAAAAACCACAGCAGGCGUGAUACAAAGGGUUAAGCAAAUUAGGCCUUCUGUGGAUGGUUCAAAUGUUGUAAGAAAAGCAAAUUUAAACACGUUUAAAAUCCGAGAAAGUCAGAAUCACAACGGGGCUCUGAAGAUAACACCAUUGGAAACAGAAGGCUUUGCAUCUCAAAGUCUACAGACGUCAAAAAUCAGGACAGUACAAAAACCUAAAAUGCAAAAUUUUCAACGUAGUCCGCCAGAAGAGGUGGGGAGAGAGGGACCAAAAGUGAAAUAUACCACGACAAAGGAAACAAUGAGCACUGGACUUCCGGAAUCUACCUUUGCAGGUCCACAACAACAAAGUCCUAGACUAACACCAGCUGUAAAUAGGAAUAGUAAUCUACGACUGACAGUAACCUCCGCACCAGUCAGGGACCCGGAUGUUAACCAGAAAGGGGAGAUAAAUCCACCUAGUCCCAACAAGAAAACGGCAAGUCAGACAGAUCCUGUCAAGAAGAGCGAGCAACAAGGACCAGACAGGAACGUGAAUCCCGUAAAUUCAAUCGAUUACAAACACAACGGGUAUGGGAAGAAUGUUUAUGAUCCAAUGGCUGGUCGAUCGGCUCCCCAGGAAUUAAACCCCUCAAAUCAGUUUGAGACCGGAAUGAUUCGCCCUAUGCCAAAAUCAGGAAGUUCCUUUAGUCUCACAGGAGGUGGAAAAGACCCCGGAAGUAACAUGUACAGCGGAACUGCUCCACUUCAAUACAACGCGGCGAACCUCGGUAUAAUCGAUUACGGCCACCCUAAAGCAAGCGCCUUUGAGUCUCAGCCAGUUAGACGUGAGUGGUUAGGACAAAGUUCGUUAGGUCAAAGUUCAAGCAAAUCAAUGUUGAGCAUCAGUAAGAUCUAUCACGAUAUAGGACACAGCCGAGCCAUAAUGGAACCUCCUAAGCCAUAUGAAUUCAGCUCGGAGUUCAGACUGAGAGCAACUGAGCGACCGAUCCCAACUUAUCGUCCACCUGUAAACUCGCUAGGUCAAGUGUACAUCGACAUUGCUGGGUUCUCGGACAAUUCAUUAAAAGCUCCUCCACAUCCGAUGAAACUCAGUUCUGGAGUUCCAGGACAUAUACCGGAAAUAAAAUCAACAACGCCACCUAUUGUACAGAGCACCUUAAAGGAAACGCCCAUCUCUUACAUUGAGAGAAACACGACAGAUAAAGUCAUUUCAAAUUCACUGUUGAAAAACCCAAAACCAGAAAAGAAAGAAAAACCGAUAAAUCCGGAAAAAUACAUUCCAGCCGGAAUGGUUCUUGCCAGGGGUACAAAUGAAUCUAUUUCUGAUUCCGAGCCAAAACCGUCUCCAUCAGCCCCACGACUUGGCAUCAGCUCAACAUUAAUAGGAUCCGCACCUGUAGCGCCAUCUUCAAACGUGGACAGCAAGGUUUACAAUCGUGAGGGAUUUAAUUUGUUCACCGGAUAUAAGCCUCAGUACAUGGUUCCGGUGAAGGAAAUUCGGAACCCCUCAUUUAAAGGAACACCAGUAUUCAGCGCAAGAUCCAGAAAAACAAAGGCUACCUGAUGACGUCAUAAACGUUAAAGUUCAAGAUGCCGUGUGGGAAUUGUUUUAUGCUGGAACAAUAAGGAAUGUUUUGAUUUAGAAUUUUCAAAUCAUGAAUUUCAUUGAGAGGAAAAAUGCUUUUUUAUUCUACUAUAUUGUUUGGCUUUUGGAAAGAAGAACCCGAUGCAUGUGUUUUUUCUCAAAAACUCUGUUGCCUAAUCCCGAUUUGAAAGAUUAAUAUUUUUAUUGAAAAUGGCACCUAAAGAUAUAAAUUAAGCUACCAGGCACUUAUUUUGAAAGUAAUACUUUUUUACUUUCAGAAUUGUAUGUUUUAUACAUUAUAUUGCAAUCAUUAGUUAUAGAGUUAUAGAGGUUGUACAAAGAAAUGACAGGAAGUAGUUAUUUACUGCUGUCAUUAGAACCUCCAGAAGUGAGGGUUUUCUCUCUGUCUCUGUACGUCUUUACGAGGAACUAUGAAGCUAGAAAAUUAAAUAAUGUAAAUCAUAA